AUGAAUACGAAACUCAAUCCAGAGAUCCUUUGGGCGCAGAGAUCCAGCGACUCCGAUCCUGAAAAGAACUACCUUUUGGUCACUUUGAUGAUCUCCGACUGUGAAGACCCAAAAUUGGAUUUACAACCUGGCUACUUAGAGUUCAGUGCCAAGUCUCCGGGCCAUGUUGGUGACGAAGAAGAGCACAAGUACCAAUUGCGUUUAGAUUUUUACAAGGAGAUCGAUCCGGCCAAAUCUUUGCACAAAAUUGCGAACGGAAGAGACUAUUUCCUCAAGCUUGUGAAAAAGGACCUUGACGCGGAAUACUGGCCCAGACUCACGAAGGAAAAACUCAAAUACCACUACAUCAAGACGGAUUUCAACAAGUGGGUUGACGAAGACGAACAAGAGGAACACGAGAGUGAAGAUUUCGGUUUCCAAGGCGCAGCAGGCGGUGCUGGCGGUGCGGGUUUCCCAGGUGGAGCAGGUGGUGAUUUCGAUCCAGCACAAAUGGCCGCUAUGCAACAGAUGUUGCAAGCGCAGGCCGGCGCUGGAGGUCAAGGCUCCCAAAUGGAUAAGCUCAAUGAACUGCUGCAGAGCGGCGGUCAAGGUCUGGAAGGGCUCGAUGAGCUUGAAGAAGAAGCAGAUCUAGCCAAGUCCGAAGAAGAAGCCGCUUAG